AAGGCCAACAAGAAGCGAUGCCGUCGUGUUUGCGAUCGCGUCAAAGCUCUAGAGCAUCUGGUGAAGUCCAUCCAGCAGAGAGAGAAGGGACAAACCUCUGCAGACGUAGAACGAUGCCUCAAAGAACUCUCCAUCACUCUGCAAUCAGCGAAGGAGGUCAUGGAGAAAUACUCAGGGGAAUCUUUCAUGAAGCGAGUGGUGAAGUCUGGCAGCCACGAAGACGAGUUCAGCAGCUUGAACGACCGCCUCAACGACGCCCACCAGGUCCUUUCAGGAUCUCUGCAGGUGGAGCUUGGCAACAUCCUACUAAAGGUGUUCGAAAGAUCCACCAGGGAGGAACAGGACGAGAAGGACAGGAAGCAGGAUGACAGCGAGCUGAAGAAACUGCUACUGCAGUAUGCGGAGGACCAGCGGCAGAUGGCAAAAAAGUUGCAGGAAGACAUAAAUAAGAUUCUGAAAAUGUUGGAGAAGAAGCCCUACGAUGUGGGCAUCCAGAUCAUCAAACAGCAGGAGCUUAAAUACGAGUCUGUUGACGGCCUGACCAAGAAGCCCUUCAUGAAAACACCAACCUCAGAGGUCUUCAGAGGAGAGUACCGUAGUUUCCCAGUGGUCAUCAAGAGAUACACUGACCCUGCGACCACCAGCAUAAGCGAGGUGAAAAGAGGUUUCAAAAAGGAUGUGAAAACCAUGAAAGUCUUUCAGUCUCCCAACAUCCUGCGAAUGUAUGGCAUCUGUAUCGAGGACGAGACGGGACCUAAACCUCAUUUUCUCAUCAUCAUGGAGUACUGUGAGAAGGGAAGUCUGCGGGAGGUUCUAGACUCUGGUUGCACACUGAGCUGGAACCAGAAAGCUCGUAUGUGCCGGGACGCAGCGCUGGGACUUUACCGACUGCACCAGUCUGAAGAAAAAGGUAAAGUUCAUGGAUGCAUCAACAGCAGCAAUUUUCUGGUGGAUGACGGCUACAGAGUCAAGCUGGGAGGCUUUGAGUUUUCACAAACUGAGACGUCUCUGAGAAAGCCAACGAGGGGCGGGGUCAACAGGUCCUUCACCUACUCCUCUCCUGAGUUGCUGGAACACAUUAACAGCUACAACAAAGAGUGUGAGGUUUACAGCUUUGGAAUCGUCCUCUGGGAAGUUGCAACUGGACGCAAACCUUUUGACGGUUUGACCGUUAAAGAAGUCCAUCAGAAAGUAUUCGUAGAAAAAUACCAGGAGCCGCUUGACGACUGUCCCAAAGAACUAGAACUUCUGAUCGACGCCUGCCGGGCCUACGAUCCCUUCCAGAGACCGUCUGCUGGAGUGCUGGCGGAUAAACUGAAAACAUGGGCGACACAGUUGGAGAAGGUGUAAAGCCUUCAUGCCUCUCAGUCUGCAGUACUCAGGGUUCCUGAUCACGGAUCCCCUCAGGAGACCAAAUGAUAUGAUACACUUUGUUGAAGAAAGGAAGUGAAUGGAAUAAUGUAUUUUAUUAUAUAAAGCUUAAAUAUGCUAAAAACUGUGUUAAAACUCUGUAUGCCAUGGUCCUGUAUCC